AUGGGGCGGUUGCCUUCAGAGCUCUACUAUCACAUCCUGGACGUCGUCUUUGCAUCGUGUCCUUCGGUCCAUCUGAAGCAUUGCUGCGAGCUAGGAACGUUCCUCUCUGAGAAUCCGCCUCGAGGCUCAGUCUUCAGCUGGGCUGACAUCACCAAUUGCUCCCUCGUCAACCGACAAUUUCGACGCUACACCAUCCCACAGAUCUUUCAUACCGUCUUCCUUGCAACCCCCCACGACCUUAUAGAGCUCGACGAAAUUUUGCAGAGAUUGGAAGCAACGCAGUCGUACGGGCCUGGUAGUGCGACUUCCCUUAUCAAAGCCCUCUCGAUCACCUACAACGAUGAUAUCCCUGGCCCAUCGUGCAUGGUACCAAAAGCGAUCAUCGAGGGACUCUCUUGGUCGGUAAAGGACGCGUAUCUUCACUACACGAAUGUACCAGUCCCACCAGAGGUGUACUUCUACAAUCACUGGUUGGGGUUCCCUGCGCCGUUCCGACAGAUCGUGGAGCUGGGGUCGUCCGGUCCUUCUCGUCCCCUUCGCUCGCUUUCUUUCAUCAAUAUCUCGUUUCCAGCUCGUACUCUCAAUCGUGUUCUCUCGCCUUAUCUUCAUCGCUUGGAGCUUCGAAUAGGCGGCCACCAUGGGUGGAUUGUCAAUGACGAUCCUGGUGCGUGGCUUGCAGCAUUUUGGAUGGAAGGACCCCGGCAAUAUGCUUCUUUCGGAACGGCGGCGGAAUCGCCUGGAGAGAAGAAGCCUCCCAUCGACUUCAAUCUGAAGACGCUCACCAUUGAUACAUGCCACUCCUUGGACGAUGCCAUCGCGUAUCUCAUUCCAGGAAAGGCUGACGCUGCGGAGGUUCCUUUCACACCACGGUUUCCUCACCUGAAGGAAGUAAUCUGGCCAGACAUGAGAUUGGGUGCGCCAGCUAGGCUCGUCCUUGACUUGAAGAAACUCGAGGGGCUUGACUUGAGCUGCCACCAGAUGGCAGUCUCGACUAUUUCUCCAGUCGGCAGGAGACUGGGAGUGUACCAGUCGUUUCGCCACGUGAGCCACAUGAAUUUCAUUCAACCUUUGGAACCUGGCUCUUCCAGCCUAGUCAUUCCCAGUAUACUUGAAGCGGUUCUCGUCGCCUCCACCGUCCCACUCGAUAAGUUCGAGAUCCUCACAGUUUCUUUCACUUUGGCGGCGCUUCCUGCUCGAACUCCACCAGGAAGACGACACCUCCGCUCGGAGGCCCCUAUCGACUUGAGCAGCAUCCGAGAAGCAUUGGAUUGGAACACUAUGGCAUGGGUCAUCCGAGACCAUUUCGGUCAAUUUCCCAAUUGGCGAAUGCUUGUGUUCGAUUUUCGACAGUUGAAUUGCAUUCGAAGUCUGUCAUCACAGAGUCUGAGUUCUGCAAUACGGGGCUGGCUAAGGCUGGAUGGAGAUGAUCAGGACCGCAUUUCACCUGUUGUAAAGAUAGCUGGUGUUUGA